AUGGUAGGAUACUACAGUCGCUUCAUUAAGGAGUUCUCCAAGAUAGUGCAGCCACUCACGCAACUGAUGAAGGAAAAUAACCGAUUUACGUGGGAUGAGAAUACGAAAGCGGCUUUUCAAGAGCUGAAAAUGAGACUGACUUCCUCUUCAGUACUAACUCUUUCACAAGAAGGAGAGACGUUCAUGGUGUAUAGUGAUGCUUCGAAACUGGGGCUGGGUUAUCAGUGGCUUCGCCCUGAAAAUAUGGAGGCACUACCUCUAUGGGAAGAGUUCCAGUUGUUCUUCGACCACAAGAGCCUGAAGUACAUAUUCAUGCAAAAGGACUUGAACAUGUGCCAACAUUGGUGGAUAGAAACACUCAAAGACUUCCAUUUCAACAUAUCUUACCAUCCGAGUAAGGCGAAAUCUGCGGCUGAUGCACUGAGUUGGAAGACGAAACACUAG